CUUCCGCCUCCUCCUUAGCAAAGCAAGAUGGCGGCCGUCGUAGACAGAGUUGAUGGAUGUGUUGGGUCGUUGGACUCAGUCGCGGUGUCACCGAGGCAGUCGACCCCUCCGCCGGACCAGCCGCACCAGAACAACCCGCUGUUGGGGCUGCCCAUUGUGGCCAUUGAGACGAUUCUCAAUUUCCUGUCUUACGAUGAAAUCAGCCUGCUGCGCUCGGUGUGUAAGCGCAUGGAUAUGAUCUGCCAGCGUGUCCUGAACCAGGGCUUCCUGAAGGUGGAGCGUUACCACAGUCUGUGCCAGAGGCAAGUCAAAGCCCAGCUGCCCAGGCGAGAGUCAGAGAGGAGAAACCACUCACUGGCCCGUCAUGCUGACAUCCUGGCCGCUGUGGAGACCCGCCUCUCUCUGCUCAACAUGACCUUCAUGAAAUAUGUCGACUCCAACCUCUGCUGCUUCAUCCCCGGAAAGGUGAUAGAUGAGAUUUACCGCGUUCUGCGCUAUGUGAACUCCACUCGAGCCCCACAGCGGGCUCACGAGGUCCUGCAGGAGCUGAGGGAUAUCUCCUCCAUGGCCAUGGAGUACUUUGAUGAGAAGAUUGUCCCCAUCCUGAAGAAGAAGCUGCCGGGGGCCGACCUGUCUGGCCGUCUCAUUGGCUCUGCACCAGUGGCAGGUCCAUCCACAUCCCUGACCACCAUGUCCCUGCUGGCCAAGAACACGCCCUCGCGCUCUGAGAUGACCAAGGUGCAGCAGCAGGUGAAAGUGAACGGGGCGUCAAUGACAGUGCUGCGGAGGGAGAUGCAGGAAAUUCGCGUCAAGCAGUUGGAGCAGCAGAAGCAGCUGCAGGACCAGGAGCAGAAGCUGCUGGAACAGACCCAGGUGAUCGCCGAGCAGAAUGCCCGCCUCGCAGAGCUGGAGCACAAGCUCCGCGAACUGAUGGACAGUAGCGCCGCAGCCAUGGGAGGACCCAGGCCCGGCACAGCCGUCCCCUCCACAUCCAGCACCACUGCCGUGUCUUCCACUGUUGCCAGCACGUCUGCUACCGCGUUGGCAAGUGGCAGCGUGGCCGCAGCCUCCCUACCCAGAGAGCCGGAGGGCGAGGGAGGGUCGUCACUCAAACGCACCAGAAAGAGCUCAGACCUUCCACGACAGUCCAAACGGCUGCGCAGCAAGAAAUAAGAGACUCAGUGUGUCAUUUAGUUGAAGUUUUGUUUUUGGUUUCUGGUCUGACUGAUCACACCGUAUCCCCAAUCCCCCCGCGUCACUCAUCACCCGUACUGCCUGUGAGAUGAGUCAGGAGUAUCCCUGUAUGCUUUGCUUUACCAGUGUUCUCUCUCUGCUCUGUACAUGGGACUUGACAAGAAGAACAAUAUAGAAUAUCACCAGACUUAUCCUUACAGGGCUUCUUAGCCACCUAACUAAAUCCGAAUAUAGGCAGAUGGUCGGCCAUUUGCAGCUAAGAUGACUAUUUAUUGAAGAUUACAUUAAAAUGACUGUACAGCUUUUUAAUGUAGAUGCUUUUCUAAGAGGCUCAUAUUUGCAAAAAAUUUGGUUUGACAUAAACAGGAAAUCAGUCGGUUGGUGAAAUUGUUUAAUAGAGGUCACAUUGUUUGUGUGAUUAAUGCAAUUCCUGUUUUAUCAUUUCAGAAAUACAGGAGUCAUGACAGGCCUUAAAUCACAACAUAAACACAGUCGCAUGUUAUCAGUAAUCAGCGAUCUCAUUUCCAUUUUCACCCGGGUCUAAAACGUCUAAAUCCACAAGCAUUCAUUUCAUUCACAGUUGCUUCUUCCUAACUUCGGUUAAGUGCAAUAAAAAACAUCUAAAAAGUAAUAAGUAAUUUAUAUUCCUUGCCUGUAGCUUGGUUGCUCUAUCCAAAAUUGCUGCUCAGGUCAGUUCAUUCAAUCUGAUAAGUUCUUGAAUCACCAUGAAAAGGAAGGAUGGAGUCUUAAGGAAGUAAAAAGGGCGGCAUUCCCCACUUGCCUGAAGGGCACAAAAUGGAGGUAGAUGUUUGCAAGGGGAUUUUCCUUUCCACUGUGCCUCAGCAACCACUGACAGAUAUCAUUGUCCUCUGAUCCCAAGACAUUCAGCAGUGGUAACGGGAACACACGGCUCUGUUGCUCUGCUUGUCUUUUACCUGCUCUCCAGUGGCAAAACAAUGUUUGGCAUCUGUCCUUUUAGGAUCAUACCAGUGUUUUUACAUAUUUUAUUCUCUGUUAUUACAAAAAUCUGAAAAAUACAACUUGCAUCUGCACAAUCAUGCUUCAUUUUAUACCAACAAUUUAUUGAAAUCACUGUUCUAAAGUCUGAAAAAAGAUUAACUCAUCCACCACAUCUAAUAAGUGGACCUUUUUUUGUUUCCAAUUCCACAAAUCAAGAUCCACUUCCUAGCUUUUUUUUUUCCUUCACAGCAUUCAGCUGCUCCAAGUAGGGCUGUGAAUUGGCAAGAAUCUGGCGAUAUGUGAAUCACGAUACAGGGGCUGCGAUUCAAUAUAUCGUACUGUAAGCAAGGUGAUUUAUUGCAUUAGCAUUUAUCAUAGUCCCUGUAACAUCCAAAAUCAUAGUCCUUUACAACACUGCUAGUGGUUGGAGGUUUAAACACAAAUUGAUAGUGUUUUUGAAAAUCAAUACAAUAUAUCACGAUACUCAACUGUAUCGAUAUUUUCUUAUGCCCCUAUUUUUUUUACGCCUGGUUACGGUUGAAAUUUGUCAGACUGUGUCAGAUCAUCAUGUAAAGAGUUGACAUGAUCAUGUUGCAGAUUGCUGCUACACUCAAACACUCAGUGUUUCCCCGGCUAAUAGUUGUAGCAAAUGGAUGGAAAUUGAGAAAAACACUUUUAUGGUCCUUUUUAAAAGUCAAAGUAGAAGUUGUAUAAUUACAUUUUUUUUUUUAAGUACACUAUAUAUGUAAUGACAUUCAAACGGUAUGUUCACGCAAAUGCAAAAUCUCACUUCAUCUCUAGUGCCAUGCCGAUUGUUUUUGUUUUGUCCACCUUUUAACAAGGCAAGCAAAUGGAAUUUAGCUGCAUGGAUAUACACCACCAGAGCGAAGUGAGAAUAUAUUGUGCCACUUUUUUUUUCCUACGUUGCAACUUAAAAAUUAAAUCUGAAAUCAGCCUGUCGGAGGUGGUAUAAGGGAAUUACCAGAACUUCUGACUGGUUUGCAGUGACAGUGGAGAGGUGCUCAGCAGAAUGGCUCAGAGUAAGAUUAGUGUCCCCGGCUGUUGUUUAAGAAGCGUCCCCCAGCUCCCCUGUGCAGCGGUACUCUUCCCCUCUCAUGUACAAACUCGUCUCUCGCCUUGUGAGGCUAGGUUAGCUGUGAGCCCAUAUUGUGGCAGCACGUUUGUUUUCUUCGUUUGAAGCUUUUCUGUUGUUUGGAUGACCUGAACCACUCAUGGCAUGAACUUUUGGUAAAGAAACUUUGGAAAUGCAGUUCACGUCUUGGUGAACACUAGCGUGUAUUAUAACGACACUGGGCAGAAAAACACAAGAUGAUGUAAUCUAGUGGCUUAAUUUGAGACUGCGUCUCAGUUUAGAAAAUUGUACUGUAAUCUUCAUGUACUUUAAAGUGUAGAUUGUGAAUUAUUUCAUGUAUGUAUACCAAGAAAACUAUCUUUUGAGUUAGCCAACUUGGGGCUAACUGUACGGUUUUGUUGCACACAUUACUGUUACAACUGUACAAAUCAAACCUAUUAAAGCUCAACUUAACUUA